AUGGGCUCGCCGCUCUGGCUCGAAGGGGAAGACCCCAGUCCGAUAGAGGUAGCCGACAGGAAAGUGAUGCAGCUGCGCUUCCUGGAAGCAAUCCAGGAGAGGGAACAACUCGAUGAGACCAACCCAGUCAACACGCAACCAAGAUCCGCCAACCCCUCCCUCCACCGCGCCGCCAUCCAACAGCGCGUCGACCUUCUCCGCGCCACCCUCCAAACCAGCAGAUUCCCCCCCGAGCGCGCCAACAUCGAAGCCGCCAUCGCUGGCUACGAGUCAGGCGCCAUCCCUUACUCGGACGCCUACACGCUCAUCUGGGCCGGACGCAUCGUCGACCGCUGCCCGAGCUUCGCCUCGUUCGCGGCCGACCGCGCCGAGCGCCUGGACCGCUACCUCGCCGAGCACGGCCCGGGCUGGCUGUGGUAUGAGCCGCCCCUGGCCGGCGGCGGCGCCGCCCCCAUCCUGGUCAAAAAGGCCAUCUGUCUCGAGAACCAUCCCGCCUGGCGCGCCAUCAGCGAGGAGAUGGGCCACUACCGCGUGACCCUGGGAUUCCGCCGGCGCAAGGAGUGGGUAGCCCGAGAAGGAGAAGGAGGAGAAGAAUGGGAGGGAGGAGAGAGAGGAGAGGGAGGAGAAGGAGGAUUCACGACGGCCAGCCGUUACGCCACCCGCCGGGUACGCCACCGCCGGCCGCCCAUGACAGCCGACCCGAGCGGGCCGCGCAUCUUCUGGCCGACCCUUCUCGACAGCGGCGCGACGCUCCCCUGCCUCUGGGAAGCCGACAUCCUCCUCCUCCAAAUCGACCUGGACACGUACGCAGCCCAAUCCGUGCGCACCGUCUCCACAGCCGAGUCUGUCCAGCAGUCGCGCGUCUACGACUUGGACGUGGCCGUGUGCCCGCCGCUGACCCCGCCGGCCUUUGUCUCCGUGAUAUACCCGCACCCACCGGGCCACGAAGACGACGAAGAAUACGAACCCGUGUCCCACAUCACCCCCGUCGUGGCCUUCCCCGGCCAAGCCCGCAGCGACUACACCGGCGACGAGUAUUCCCCGGACCGGCUGAGCGGGCUGCUGCCUUUCCACUCGUGCUACGUGUCCGGCGCCCCGGGCAGCUACCGGCUGUGGCUGGGCAAGGACCGGCGCGACGUGCUCGGCGCCGGCCGCAUGCCGGGCCAGAUGCGUUUCCCAGAACACACGCCCUCCCGGGUCGUGUUUGAACACGAGUUUCUCGACGGCAAUAUGAUCAGGAGGGUCCUGCGGGACGAGGACGAUGCGCGGCGCGGGAGUAGAAUCAUCGUGAGCGGGCCCCGCGGCUUCAGGCCUGAUCGCCUGGAUCCCGCCGCCGAGGGGGGUCAGGUCAAUCACUUUGACUCAAGAAAGGCACGCAAACAACGGCGGCGACAGCGAAGGAGAGCGCAAGACUGA